CGCCGCCCCCAGGGCGGGCAGAGUGCGUGGCAGCCACUGCCGGCCCCGUUGCGAAGUUUCCAGUCCUGCGAGGCCCGCCGCGCCCGCUGAUCGUCCCCAGCCCCUGGCCAUGCAAGUCCUGCUGCUCCUGGCCCAUCUGGGCUCGCUGCUCCUGGCGGACGCGAAGGGCGACGCCAAGCCCGAGGCCUCUGUUUUUUUCUGGGCCUCACUUCCCCUGCUUCCGCUGAUGGGCCCCCUCCACCCAGACCAUCCCACGAGAGAAACUGCAGCUGCCCACGAUGAAGCCCAGAGAGACAACCUGUUAGUCCUCACUGUGGCCACGAAGGAGACCGAGGGCUUCCGCCGCUUCAAGCGCUCAGCACAGUUCUUCAACUACAAGAUCCAGGCGCUGGGCCUGGGGGAGGACUGGGGUGUGGAGAGGGGAACUUCGGCGGGUGGAGGACAGAAGAUCCGGCUGCUGAAGAAGGCGCUGGAGAAGCACGAGGACAAGGAGGACCUGGUCAUUCUCUUCACAGACAGCUAUGAUGUGGUGUUUGCCUCGGGGCCCCGGGAGCUCCUGAAGAAGUUCCGGCAGGCGAGGAGCCGUGUGGUCUUCUCGGCGGAGGAGCUCAUCUAUCCCGACCGAAGGCUAGAGGCCAAGUACCCCAUGGUCUCCGAUGGCAAGAGGUUCCUGGGCUCUGGAGGCUUCAUCGGCUAUGCCCCCAACCUCAGCAAGCUGGUGGCCAAGUGGGAGGGCCAGGAUAGCGACAGUGACCAGCUCUUUUACACCAAGAUCUUCUUGGACCCGGAGAAGCGGGAGCAGAUCAACAUCUCCCUGGACCACCGCUGCCGCAUCUUCCAGAACCUGGACGGAGCCUUGGAUGAAGUUGUGCUCAAGUUUGAAAUGGGCCACGUGAGAGCACGGAACCUGGCCUACGACACCCUCCCGGUCCUGAUCCACGGCAACGGGCCCACCAAGCUGCAGCUAAACUACCUGGGCAACUACAUCCCGCGCUUCUGGACCUUCGAGACGGGCUGCACUGUGUGUGACGAGGGUCUGCGCAGCCUGAAGGGCAUCGGGGACGAAGCUCUGCCCAUGGUCCUGGUUGGCGUUUUCAUUGAGCAGCCCACGCCGUUCCUGUCUCUGUUCUUCCAGCGGCUCCUGCGCCUCCACUACCCCCGGAGUCGGAUGCGGCUUUUCAUUCACAGCCAUGAGCAGCACCACAAGGCACAGGUGGAGCAGUUCCUGGCUGAGCACGGCGGUGAGUACCAGUCGGUGAAGCUGGUGGGCCCUGAGGUGCGGAUGUCGAAUGCCAACGCCAGGAACAUGGGCGCAGACCUGUGCCGGCAGGAGCAGACCUGCACCUACUACUUCAGUGUGGACGCCGAUGUGGCCCUGACCGAGCCCGAUAGCCUGAGGCUGCUGAUCGAGCAGAACAAGAACGUCAUUGCCCCGCUCAUGAUGCGCCCCGGGAGGCUGUGGUCAAAUUUUUGGGGGGCGCUGAGUGCGGACGGCUACUACGCUCGCUCGGAGGACUACGUAGACAUCGUGCAUGGGCGACGUGUCGGCAUCUGGAAUGUGCCCUACAUCUCCAACAUCUACUUGAUCAAGGGCAGCGCCCUGCGGGCGGAGCUGCAGCACACGGACCUGUUCCACCACAGGAAGCUGGACCCUGACAUGGCUUUCUGCGCCAACAUCCGGCAGCAGGAGGUGUUCAUGUUUUUGACCAACCGGCACAGCUUUGGCCACCUGCUGUCCCUGGACAGCUACCAGACCACCCACCUCCACAACGACCUCUGGGAGGUCUUCAGCAACCCGGAGGACUGGAAGGAGAAAUACAUCCACGAAAACUACACCAAGGCCCUGGCAGGGAAGCUGGUGGAGACGCCUUGCCCCGAUGUCUACUGGUUCCCCAUCUUCACGGAGGUGGCCUGUGACGAGCUGGUGCAGGAGAUGGAGCACUUUGGCCAGUGGUCCCUUGGCGACAACAAGGACAACCGCAUCCAGGGUGGCUAUGAAAACGUACCGACCAUCGACAUCCACAUGAACCAGAUCAGCUUUGAGCGGGAGUGGCACAAGUUCCUGGUGGAGUACAUCGCGCCCUUGACAGAGAAGCUGUACCCCGGCUACUACACCAGGGCCCAGUUCGACCUCGCCUUUGUUGUCCGCUACAAGCCAGACGAGCAGCCCUCGCUGAUGCCACACCAUGACGCCUCCACCUUCACUGUCAACAUUGCCCUCAACCGAGUAGGGGAGGAUUACGAGGGCGGGGGCUGCCGGUUCCUGCGCUACAAUUGCUCCGUCCAAGCCCCGAGGAAGGGCUGGGCUCUUAUGCACCCCGGACGGCUCACACACUACCACGAGGGGCUCCCCACCACCAGGGGCACCCGCUACAUCGCUGUCUCCUUUGUGGACCCCUAACUGGCUAAGCCCACCCCCUUGGACCUUUCCUUUGCUGACAACCACUGCCCAGCAUUCCCCAGGGCCUCGGGGUCCCUGCCAUUCUGGCGCAGCUUUUAGGUCCUUGAUUUCCGUUGCCCUCAGAGCUGGAGCUGCCAUUGUGGGGACUGAGCCAGGCCAGCGACACAGCAGCCUUGGGGCUGGGGCUUUUGUGGUGCUCCAAGCCCAGCCCCAGGGGGCACGAAUCACUUUCAUACUUUUAGUGACUUGUCUUCCCCUAAAACACCCAGCACCCUCUUCCUCCCAUUCUUCUCUGGCCUCGACUUGAACAGACUUGAACAGGCUCCCCAAGUGCAAGGGGGAAGCCAUGCCCCAGAGCUCCUCUGACACAGCGCCAGGCCCUCGGGAUUCUGCCUCCAGCUUUGGGGCAACGCGGAGACCUGAUGGGGUGCAGGUUUCUGCCCUGAGCCCUGGGCUGCCAAAGUCCCUUCUUCCAGGCCCCAUCAUGAGAAAAAACUUGUCCCUGGACUCAGAACUUCCCAGGGGACAGCGAAGGCAUCGCUGCUCCAGCUCGGGGGAGGAGAGUGACAGGUCCCCAUUGCACUGCGUCACUCUGUCCCAGUGCCUAUGGGGGAAGAGGGACAGGCAGAAAUGGGAGAGUUGUAUUAAAGGUGUUCAAGCCACA